CCGGGGAAGAGCAGUCUGGCUGUCAAUAACUGCAUCCAGCAGCUGUCCAGCAGCAAGGCAGAGGGCCGCGAUGAACACUGGGCGCCUGGGGAGAGGGCCAGGACAUGAUGAUGGUUCUGAAGAAGGAUACCCUCAGCCUGAUGGACCCAGUGGACCGCAGCCUUCUCCACUGCCAGCCUAUCAUUGACAUCCGCGUGUGGGGCGUGGGCUGCAACAACGGCAGAGACAGAGAUUUUGCCUUCGUGGCCAGCGACAAAGACACCUCUAUGCUGAAGUGCCAUGUGUUUCGCUGUAACGCCCCAGCAAAAACCAUCGCCACGGCUUUGCACAAAAUGUGCUCAAAGAUCAUGGCAGAGAAGACCACUAGAAGCCCAUCUAUGGCCCGCUCCCUCACCAUGGCGACCAUCUCCCCUGAGGACCUGCCACGCCAAGUGGACUUCCUGGAUGCAAUGAGGCAGAGGGUGCAGAAGUUUGAGGUGCAGUACAUCGGAAACCUGCCCGUCUCCAGGGCAAUGGGUAUGGAGGUGCUGAACCGGGCCAUAGAGAGCAUCAUGAACACCUCAGACAGUGACGAUUGGGAGCCCAUCGUCAUCCACAUCUCUGACACUGUCCUGUCACUCUGGAAAGGAGAGGAUGGAGAUGAUCCAUUUUGGGAAUGUCAAGUGCGUUUGCUGACGUUAUCUGGGCACAUGGUGGGGAUCGAUGAUACACACACUUGCAGUGCGAUAGUAGGACCUGGCGGUGACGUCAGCGUUUGA